AUGGAUGAUAUAAGACCACCGAUUGAUGAGGACGUGAAUGAUGACAAUGAUGUUCACGUCGAUGAAAAUGUUGACCAAAAGUUUGUCGAAAAGAUGAAACUUUUGCAAGAAAUGGGUUUAUAUGACAGUCGGAUGAUGGAUAAGGUGGACAUCAUUAACAGCAUUACAGCCAUGCCUUCAAAUCCUAUUAUCAGACACAGAACAGGUGUCUUAGGUCGACCUGAUUUCAGAAAUGAUGAUUUAGUAGCCUUUAAGGGCGAUAAACCUAUUGAGACUGCAAAUGACGGCGCACAGGGAUUCACACCAAUUGAAAACAGUGGCAUCAAAUGGUCUCUUCCUAUGCGAAGAAGAAGGACUCCUCCACCAGAAACACAGUCAUCAAUGACUAAUAGGGAUGAAGACAGAAAUAGGGAGAGAGAAAGGGAUAGAGACAGAGAUAGAGACAGAGAUAGGUAUAGAGACAGAUAUAGUGACAGAGAUAGUGACAGAAUGAGAGACAAAGAUAGAGAGAGAGAGAAAGAUAGAGAUAGGUAUCGGACAAGAGAUGAUAGAGAUAGGGAUAGACAAAGAGAUUAUGACAGACAAAGAAGUGAUGAUAGAAACAGAAUGAGAGAAACAGAUAUUAAACCUAAUGUGAAAAACAUUAACUUGAGUCCAAAUAAUGGUGAUACCACUGAUGAAUCCAAUAUACUGGUCAAUGAUAAGGAUGUAAAACCAAAUGUAAAAGAUUUAGAACAUUUGGUUCAAACACAAGAAAUUGCUGCAAAUGAUAGUAAUAGUAACGGUGACUAUCUAUACAAUUAUGAUACGCCUCCAACAGAAUCUAUGGCACCACUAUGUGAGCCAACAUCAACUUACACACCGACACCAACCUAUGAAGCCAGCAGUUCAUCAAAUUAUUAUCCAUCGACAUCGAGUACAGGUGCAGACACUGAUAUCGGUCCACUAGGAGUGCCGAGAAAGAAGAAAAUAGAUACCAAGACUUUCGACAAUUUUUUCAGUACUCGUAAAGACAAUCGAUCUAAACAAGAGAUCAAGUCUGAGAAGAAGUCGAGUAAUACUAUUCUUGAUAUCGACGCCUUCAUUCAAGAUUGUAAUAAGAAGGCGGCCACCAAAUCAAAAGCUUUUUUUAUUGAUGAUAUCGACGACUUCAUAGAGUCAGCCAACAAAAGACUUGAUAGUAUCAAUAAUAGCGGAUCUAAUUCACCUAAUUUAUCAAAUCAACAAAAGAGACGUAAAUUAUAA